AUGAGGAAUCUUAAAUGGACUCCCGAAUUUUGUUUUGAGGAAGAUCCACCGGUGGUGCCAAUAUGGGUGGCUCUUUACGAUCUUCCUAUAGAGUAUAUGCAUCUAGAGGUGAUAUACUCCAUGGCUACUGCAUUGGGACAACCUUUGAAGGUGGAUACACCUACGUUGAAUUUGACUCGUCCCUCGGUUGCCCGUUUUUGUGUGGAAGUCGAUCUCACCAAAGAUCUACAGAAAUCGGUAAAAAUUGGGAAGAAGGGACGUAAGCAUGAGCAACAAUUUACUUUUGAACAUAUACCAUCUUACUGUAUUAAAUGUAGUAAGAUUGGUCAUAAGGAUUCAGAGUGUCGAGUAGGAACACCAUCUCCGCAGAGCAAUGAUGUUGAAGUCCCGCUCGUGAAGAAGAAGGGGAUGAAACUAGCUCCGUCGAAAUCAAAGGUGAUUUUGAAAGGGGGAAGUCAUAAGCCGGAUUUGAAGGUCAGUAUUCUGCAAAUGGAUCCUUUAAUAGCUAAAGGAGUUGAAAUGGAGGUAUUAGAAUUGCAGGCACCAAAGUCGCAGCCUGCGGAAACCCUAGAGGUUCCGCAGCAUGCAGAAACCCUAGCGCGUACCACCCCAGUUGCGGAAGCAAUCGAUCCACGACCGAACAAAUUCUCAGUGCUCCAAGAACUAGAUGAUGAAGAAACGGACCUUGUUGGAGAUAAAGAAGAUGCUGAGGAGAUUAUUGUUACUGAGGAAAUAGAUCAUGCUAAUGCCAUUAAUUCAGUACAGCUUGUGGAUAAUCCAGGUGAGAACUCCAAAGGCUUAAAUGACCAAACUAUUUCGGAUGUACAUGGAAAUCAGAAAAUGUCGCAUCGGGUAGCAAGGCGGUUUCCGGAUGACUCUUUUGAUUUCCAGAUUCAGGAUGAAGAUGAUGGGGUUGAUGGAGGAGGAAGUUGGUCUGAGGGGGAUAAGGAUGAUACUUUCUUCACUAAGAACGAACAAGGGAAUAGUAUUGUUAAAAAGAAACGUGGUAGAAAAACAAAGGAAGAAAAAGCAAAGGAGUUGGAAGGAGCCGAAUUGCGGCGUUCUCAUCGACUUCAGUGA